CGACAAUGAGCGUAAACCAUCAACGAGAGGAGCAGAGAAGAAGAAAGGAAGCUACGUGUGUUUAACAGUUAGCUGUUAGCUAUAAUCAAGACUCAAAUAUACGGACAAAACCCCCAUUAAAGUUGCGGACAUUAUGGACGUAUUUUUGUACGUCAUCUCUGCCGCCAUCCUCGCGGCGCUGAUCGCGUUUGCGCUGAAAGUUCAACGGAGAACCCAGCAAGCUGACGAGGAGCAGCGGAGGGAUGUGGUGCGAGCGGCGGGGCCUCCACCUCGGGCGGCGGCGGAGCGUGGAGCCGGAAUGCCUCGCAGGAGGAGGAACCUGGCAGCUGAGAUGGCUCACAGGAGAGCCCAGAGAGAGGAGCCGGAGGAAGAAGAGGAAGAGGAGGACGAGGAGCAGCAGAGCGCUCAGCCUUCUGGAAAGAUAGGAGCCAAGAAGCAGAGGAAGCUGGAGGAGAAGCAGGCCAAGAAGGCUCAGAGAGAGGCAGAGCUGGAGGAGAGGGAGGAGCGCAAGAGGAUGCAGGAGCUCAGAGAGAAGGAGAGGCGGCAGGAGGAGGAGAAGGAGCGACUGCUGGAGCAGAAGCAGGAGGAAGAUGAGAAGCGAGCGAAGGAGGAGCAGGAACGACGAGAGGAGGAGGAGUACCUGAAGCUGAAGGCUUCUUUUGUAGUGGAGGAGCAGGGCGAGGAGGAGCAGCUCUCAGAGGAUCAGUCACGCAACCUUCUGCAGGACUUCAUCAACUACAUCCAGAGCUCCAAGGUGGUUCUCCUGGAGGACCUGGCCUCCCAGUUUGGGAUGAGGACUCAGGACGCCAUCAGCAGGCUGCAGGACCUCCUGGCUGAAGGAACUCUGACAGGAGUGAUGGACGACAGAGGAAAGUUCAUCUCCAUCACGCCGGAGGAGCUGGACUCGGUGGCUCAGUUCAUCAGGCAGAGAGGUCGCGUUUCCAUCACAGAGCUGGCUCAGGCCAGCAACUCGCUCAUCAACCUGACGCCCCACAGCCGCAGCGCCGCCUGACCAACGGCGAACUGAACCUGCUGGGACCUUCAUCUGAAGCUCAUCAGAUGGUUUCAACCAUGUAUUGUUACUUUGGGAAACGUUGAAGAAAAUGUAAAUUAUUUCAAAGGAAAAUCUAUUUGAAUAAAAAUGUUUCUGUUUUUGGGAAGAAAGAAUGCAA